AUGUAACUCCGUUGUUAUUGAAAUAUACUAUAACAUGUGUCUAAUUUGUACACUCUUCCGUGUCUUGAAUAUGAACAAUAUGCAUGGUCUUCUUGAAAUAAUAUAAAAUUCUGUCGUUUAUCUCAUUCGAAUGCGAUGAGCGACUACGUAAAGGAGUAAUAAGCGCCCAAAUACUGAAAUAUAGGUAAUAUUAUGUUAUUAUUAUUUGGGAACAUGGAAAAGGUUAUACUUUCGCUGUUGAUAUUCGUCUGUCAUUCCCGUCAGAUGCCACAGCUCGACGUAGACGUAUUUACUACAACAGAGACGACCGAUACUACCACUGAAAAUACCAAGAGCUUGGAAAAAAUUCCACGAGUUACCGAAGAAACCAAAAGUUUGGAAAAAAUUUCUCUAGUUACCGAAGACACUGCGGUUUCGGUUCAAACUACCGUUAACUUUUCGUCGUAUAGUCCUAGUGUGGUUUUCGAAGACUUCAAGCCCAGCAAUUAUUACAGGCCCGACGGUAAUCCUAUAUUCGAAAAACCUAGUCCACAAGUCACUAACAAAGUUUUCCACAAACCUGAAUACUUCGCAAGACCCAAUAAACAAACAUAUCAAUUGCCACCAAAACCGAAUGACAGUAAUGUAGUUUUUCCCCAAGCGACCCAAGAACAUUACUACCAAUAUUCACAUCACGACAAUCGAUCUAACGGGCCGGAGUCUAGGGGCCCGUAUAAGUUUACCGAAGUCUUACCUCAGCCGCAGUCCAAGCCGAUGAAACACGAUUUUGGAGGGACGCAGCACACUAGUGCUUACGACUACAACUCCUACGAAAGGCAUUUCGGCAAAUAUCACGGGAACGAGAUGUCACAAUAUUCAGACAUAAUACACGAACCACCAAAAAUUUAUCACAGCGUCACGACACAUAAAAAAGACCCCUGGAAGAGCAUGCUCAAGGUGUUGGCCACUAUUCUGCCGGUUGGUCUGUUGCUUGCUUCUUUUCCGCCGACCGUCAUCAAAGUGGAUUCCAAACAAUACCCCUACCAGUUCCAAAAGAAUUCGUCGACAUUCAGCCCAAAUGUUAUUACAGGGAAGAACUCGUAUAAGGCAUUGAGAAAGACGAGCACGGGAUUGAAAACUGACGGAGAAGACAAAUCGCCUGGAUAUUUAGACGAUUGUUUAAAAAAAAAAAUAUGCGAAACUCUAAAGAGUAACUAUUCGCAUAUUGAAUUGGAAACUCUACAGCAAAAUUAUCAGUUAAACUGGACCGUGGACAAUAGCCCAACGAUGGUGGAAAUCGCUAAAGCAGCCGCGUCCGCAGAGCCGGAAUCGUGUCAAGUAUUCGUUUGCAGUGAUUGAACAAGCUGGGCGUCGCUGUUGUGUUGUAUAUUAUAUAUAGUAUAUAUAUGUAUUAUUAUAUAUAGGUACUGUCUGCAAUAAUAAUAAUAAUAAUAAUAAUAAUAAUAAUAUAAUAUACCUGGUAGCAUGUAUAUGUAUAGGUACAUUUUUAUGAUAUCAACACGGUAACCACAAUUUUUAUGUAUACCGUUCGGACCGCGAGAAUUCCAUUAAUGCACGGAAUGCAGACACGUUUUAAUGGCUGGUUAUCGGAAGUUGACUUGGCCCUGGGCGAACUUUCGUUCCACGAUAACCAUAAAUAAAUAAUAAUAAAAAAUUAAAUCUGCUGGAUAAAUUUCGUCUAAGAAUGUGGUUGAUGACACAUUCUUAUACAUAACGGAUUACGGAUAUCGCUUUCUUUUGUGGCUUUUGACGCGAUCCUCAAUCAUACAGACGAACAAGAAUUAUAAUUAUAGGCACACUUUUAAGUUUUAAUGCAAUUAAUAUUAAACUUAUAUGCACAAAUCAAGUAUAUAUGUAGUAUAAUUAUAUGUAUUCUAAUAAACGGUAGAUACCUACGUACAAUAUUUUUUAUUACAAUACUUAAACCGGAUGGAAAUUCGAAAAUCGUAGAUUUUUACACUGCAUAUUAUAUUUAUAUUAUAUCAUUUGGCCCAAAUUGAUAUAUUAUUUGCAUUUUCGGGAUUGUAUUAUGUUAUUAUACGUCAUUAUAUCUUAUAACUAUAGACGUAGAAUAUUGUGUGUUUACAUUAUUGUGCACUUUUUUUUUUUUUUGCUUCAAAGCAUUAAGUAUUAAAUCACCUGUUACUGAUAGUAAAUUCUCGCGAAACGUAUUCAUCGAUAAAAAUCCAUCAUUGCUAUCAAACUGUAAUAAAAUUUCAUAUUUUUUGGUCGACUUAAAAUCGUCUAUGGUUAAUACAAUUUUUUUUUUCUAAUAUCUUUAGUCUUCAUUGUGUGUACAAUGAUUGUCUAAUCGAAAUAUUACUUGUUACGCUGCUAUAUAGUAUAAUUAUUAAGACACGACGUAAACUCCAAAAUCCCAAAUGAAUAAUAUAUACUUGACACAAAUAUUUGAAUUUAUUACCAAACGAGUACUACUCACGUCUACACGUCAUACAAUGCAAUGCGGUUAUAUACAUUUUCAUAUGCACAUAAAUUCGAUUUCGUCUGCCGAUCGUUUCGAUAAAACAUUUAACGGAGUCUAACGUACCUAUUUAAUGUAAGUAGCACGAAAAAGUAAAACCGAAAAGCAACACGCGCAGACACGCUUAACUGAGAAAUUAAAUAACUCUCCAGCGAUUAUAAGUACAUUCCUCUCUCUUCAGACAUUGUAGAUUUUACGUUAUGAUUUAAUAUCUUGUCAUGUGUACUAUGCAAGUGCAUAUUAAGGUCGACAUUAAAUCUUUUAGAAGGUUUUUAAUAAAAUGGUCAAUACCUAUUCACCAAAUUGUACACGUCUCAUCAUUCUAUUAUCAUUGAUUAAAAAUAUAAUAUUUUUUACUAAUGCAUCUUUAUA